AUGGAAAAGAAAGGCUGUGACCAAUAUGUUCCACAAAAAGCUCAGUCAAUCCCUAAGGCAGCUGUGAUUGAUGAACUGGAGAAGAAUUUGCAGCUCCUCCCACUUCACGUCGAGGCUUCACGGAUGACUCUGCAUCGAUUUGGGAACACAAGCUCGAGCUCAAUUUGGUAUGAAUUGGCCUACACGGAGGCGAAAGGGAGAAUGCGAAAGGGUAACCGAGUAUGGCAGAUUGCUUUCGGAAGUGGGUUCAAGUGUAACAGUGCAGUGUGGAAAGCUUUGAGGAAUGUGAAGCCAUCUGCUAAUAGUCCUUGGGAAGAUUGCAUUCACAAGUACCCUGUUCAGAUAGCAGCUUGAAUGGACUAAACUCAGAUACAAACUCUUCUCUUCAUUGAAGAAAGGUUAUCUAUGGUAGAUUUAUCAGAAGAAUGAUUACUCUGCUUUUUUUCCCCCAAUUUAUAACUACAGUAUUUUCUGUUUAUAUAUUGUAUCAAUGUUGAAUCUUGUGCACAACCGUCCUAUUGGUUGAUUUGAACCCCUGUCCCUCAUGAAAAGUUUAUUUGGUGGCUUGACUAGUACAAGAUUAACCCACCGGGUUAGACUGUCUACGGUGUUGCUCACUUGUCAUUUCUAUUCGUUAGUUUUAAUGGGCUUUACAUUAUGCUUUACUUGAUCAUGGAAGUGAUUAUGCUUGUAAGUUUAUUGUUUGUGGGGUUAUCAUAGUAGCCUAUGUUUCCUGUAUUCAGAUCGUUUCAAUUUGUAUUUUUAAAUUUUUUAACUUUGAUAAUUCAUUUAAAUUUAUAUUUUUAACUUUUUAAGGAGAGUUCUAAAUAUUUGGACCCAAUAUGUUGAAGAAGAACAAAUGCAAAGUCCAUAUGACUACACUACACUAAAUAACUAAACCUGAAUCAACUAAAAAAAGAAAACAUAUAAAUGAAUUGACCCAGUUUUCAUUAAGUGAAUGGAAAAGAAAGGCUGUGACCAAUAUGUUCCACAAAAAGCUCACUCAAUCCCUAAGGCGUCAGUUGGAGACCAAGCCAAGUCACAAUCCCUUGCAAGCCUUGAUUGUUAAAAAUAAAAAAUUGGGAAGAGUUCCAACGAAAAAUAUACAAUUGGGGACAAAUUUCAAUCACCUGUGUCCCCCACAACAUUGGAAAGCAAUGAAUAAAUAAAAGUUCAACCCCUUAAACGAGGCUCAAAUUGCUUAAAAUACUCAAAUAUUACUAUUGUGUGGUUCAUUUCUUGAUUUUUUGUCCAUUUUAUUUAAAUUAACCUAGGCCAAAUAAAACUUAAAAAAUUUGGGCACAAUUUCCUCUAAAAAUAAUAUGUCAGAAAAAAGUUAAACCUAUAAUACGCAAUUUGUAACCCAUCAAACUGGACUAAACAAUCGCGCCACAGUCCUAUCCAAAUGAAACAAUUUCUCAACUAUUGCAACAGCAUAAAUGAAUCUCAUAAUAACACAAAAAAUGAAUUCAAAGAUAAACUAGGAUUAUCAAUUAGCAUUACAAUUUAUACACUAGAGAGCAACCCCAACACUGAUGGCAGUCACUUGCAUAACACCAAAGAUGAUGGAAUUCAACAUUCUAACAUGUGUGGUAAGAGUAGUGUACUAAAAAAGUACUUUGAGAAACAAUUUUAACUAUUCUAAAUUGGGGUCUUUAUUUUAAAAGGCGAUGCAGAUGAUUGUUCUAGCACUUUGUAAAAAACGAAAAUUUUUUUUUUUGACCAACAACAAUGCAUAAGAUCUAAGGAAGAAAUAUAUUCAGUGGUUUCCCGUGUGGAUAAGCAUUAAUCCAUUAGUUUGAUUGAAUUCACUGCACAAGUCAGAAUAGAACUGUCUAUGACUCUUACUACACUGCCUCUGGGGUUGCUUCCGAUGACUAUUCCAUAAAUUAUGUUAAUUUGCUUACUAUCAUAGCAUAUAUUACGUUUCUUAAUCUCACUAGAACUCCCAUCUUCAC